CAGCUGGAUGCUUGGUGAAGCAUGGUGGUGAAGAUGGUUAUAACGCACUUAAUGGGGCCGCUGUCAUGUGGCCUGGUCAAAUGGCCGAGUAUAAUGAGAACAGGAGUCCUUUAUCUGCUGCUGCUAUCAACCUGUCUCAGCCAAGACACAGACGACUGGCAAUAUGAGGAAUGUAAAUUGUCUCGGUCGGGUCCUCCUGCUACCAUCGUUGCCAUAGACGAAGAAAGCCCCAACGGAACGUUAUUGGUGGAGAACAUGCAGAUAAAUGGAGUGGCUGAGGGUCCAGAUCGUACCAUCUCUCUGUCUCUAAGGGAUAACCAUGAACACUGGGUGAUCCUUGACUCUUCCAAACAAGCCCUUUACCUCAACAGCACCGGACGGGUUCUGGAUAGAGAUCCCCCUUCAUAUAUUCAAUCCAUUGUGGUUCAGGUUCAGUGUACCAAUGAGCUGGUUGGCACAGUGAUUUUACAUGAAGUCCGCAUCGUCGUUCGAGACCGCAAUGACAACGCACCACGUUUCCAACAGCCAAGAUACUAUGUUGCUGUCAGUGAGCUGACACCAGUAGGAACCACUAUCUUCUCCGGCUUCUCUGGGAACAAUGGGGCAACAGACAUUGAUGACGGUCCCAAUGGACAGAUAGAGUACACCAUUCAGUACAACCCGAAAGAACCGACAACAAACAGAACUUUUGACAUCCCCCUGACACUGUUUGGCUCAGUAGUUCUCAGAGAAAGACUCAACUAUGAGGAGAUAACGCGGUACCUGGUCAUCAUACAGGCAAAUGACCGAGCACCCUAUCCCAGUGAGCGCCGCACAGCCACCACCACUCUAACUGUGGAUGUACUGGAUGGUGAUGACUUGGGUCCUAUGUUUCUACCAUGUGCGCUUGUGGGAAACACCCGUGACUGUAGUCCCAUUACAUAUAGGGCUAAUGUACUGGAACUGACAGAGCCGAAUAAGGUGAAUCCUCUCAAUGUCACUCCACCUAUUCAAGCUGUGGACCAAGACAAAAACAUACAACCUCCCUCUGACCGGCCAGGGAUUAUAUACUCCAUCCUCAUUGGCAAACCAGAGUCCUAUGCAGAAUAUUUCAGCUUGAACAGAACCACAGCAGAGCUCCUUCUACUCAAGCCCAUCGAUAGAGAACUCUACCGCAGAUUUGAUCUGGUUAUCAAGGCAGGGCAGGACAACGGCCACCCCUUGCCAGCUUUCGCCAACCUCCAAAUCGAAGUUCUAGACGAGAACAACCAGGCACCCUACUUCCUGGAGACCAGUUACCAUGGCUACGUCAGUGAGGCAUCACCAGUUGGAACCACCGUAGCAACCAGUGCCAGCCUGUCUGCACCACUUGCCAUCAUAGCGCUGGAUAACGAUGUGGAGGAGACCAGGGAUCCUCAGCUCCAGUUAUCAUUGGACACCUAUCAUGAUGUUUUCUCUGUGUCUGCUACUGGAAUCAGAAGAUAUCUCACCCUGGUGCAGCCCCUGGACAGAGAGACACAAGACUCCUAUACGUUCACGCUUUCAGCAUCAGACGGUGUCCAGCACAGCAUUCCGGUUACAGUGACGAUAACAGUGUUGGAUGCAAAUGACAACACUCCCACUUUUGCUAAUGUCUCUUAUAAUGUCAACCUGUUUACUGAUAAGAUGCCUGGAGAAACCGUGUUACAGCUGUCAGCAGUUGACUCUGAUGCAGGUCCCAACGGUCAGGUCACCUACCGGAUCCUGGCUGGUGACCAAGGACAUUUUCUUAUUGGCAACAGCACUGGGGUCAUUACUGUGGCACCAGGUGUCGAUCUCACUGUUGGGCGGAGCUACGCUUUGACUGUAGAAGCCAUAGACAACGGGCAUGUUCCUCAUAGGAGGUCAUCCAUCACUACGGUCUAUAUUGAAGUUUUGCCCCCGAACAACCAGAGCCCUCCUCGUUUCCCUAGACAGCAAUACAACAUGGAGAUCAGCGAAGCUAUGAGAACUGGAGCUACACUGCUUAAUCUGCAGGCAGUGGAUCGGGAGAGGGACCCCAUCACCUACAAAAUCCACAGCGGAGACCACGAUGGACAUUUUGCACUGCAGCAGAACUCAGGGUAUUUGGUUCUAGACAAGCCUCUGGACAGGGAGUCUGUGGAUUAUUAUACCCUGGUGGUCACAGCCUCAGACGGACACCCAGGCGAGACCUCCACUGCGACGGUGAACAUUGUGGUGACAGAUGUUAAUGACAACGACCCGCUGUUCAAUUCUUCACUGCCAGUGAACCUCACUGUCACAGAGGAGCAGGAUCACGCCUACGUUGGACAGGUCAAGGCUACAGAUCCAGAUCUGGGACCAAGUGGUCAGGUCCAUUAUCGGCUCGUCAACCACCAGAAGCUGUUUUCCAUCAAUGCUACCGGAGCGAUCACAACUGCGGUGCCACUGGAUAGAGAGGUGAAAGGUCACUACUUUCUGAUCGUUGAAGCCUGGGAUGGUGCAGUGGACCCUCGGCGAUCCAGAUUAACACUGUCUGUUACCGUUCUGGAUGUAGACGACAACAGCCCGAUAUUCACCCAACAAACUUACAAUGUCAGCCUACCAGAGAACAGCCCCAAAGAUACAGUCAUAUUACAGUUAAAGGCGAUAGAUGCUGACCUCGGCUCCAACAUCACAUAUCGAAUCAGAACUGAAGGCUUGGACCAAAACAUUGUUCAACUAUUCCACAUCGACCCUGUGACAGGAAAGUUGUCAGUUCUCAAAAUUCUGGACUACGAGGCUCUGACUGACUCAGAACCCACAUACACAUUCACUGUUGAGGCCAUGGACACAGAGGGAACCAUGCCUCCUGGACUAGCCUCUGUUACUGUCAGAAUCAUGGACAUGAAUGACUUUUCUCCGGUCUUCAGACAGUCAGUGUACCGAGGCAUGGUUGCCCCUAAUGCUGUCAAGGGAACCAUCGUAACCACAGUGAUGGCCAAUGACUCUGACCCUGCGGGUACCCCAGCAGGUCUAGUGAGCUAUAAAGUGGACCAGGAGGCUUAUCCAUAUUCUGCCAGUAUAUUUGAUGUGGAGGAAAAGACCGGAAAUGUGGUAACCAGAGUAAACCUCAAUGAGGAGCCCAACCUCAAGUUUAGCCUGGUGGUGGUGGCCUAUGAUCAUGGUGAGCCUGCAAAGGAGAACACAACUCUCGUAGAGAUAACAGUCCUUCAGCCUUCUGCCAUUCCCGUGUUUACUCAGGAAGAAUACAGGUUUCCACCAGUGAGCGAGGAGGCUGCUGUUGGAACCCUGGUGGGAGCCAUCAUGGCAACUGCUGUCAAUCAGACUAUUGUCUACUUCAUCAUUGAAGGCAACGAAAGAGGUGUGUUCGCGUUAAAUGAAACAACAGGAGUGAUUUCCACAGCCAAGCGCCUGGACUACGAGACCAGUUCCAGCUAUGUUCUAAAGGUAGAAGCAGACUCCAUGAGGUUGGCCUCCUCGAACCUCCGAGCUCCCUCUAAGACUAAUACAGCUAAGGUGGUGAUCGAUGUCCAGGACGAGAACGACCACUCGCCGGUUUUCACCACAUCUCUUUACAUCGGAGGGGUUGCAGAAGAUGCUAAAACCUUCACUUCCAUCUUGCAAGUACAGGCGCUGGACCGAGACACUGGUAACUACAGUUCUAUCAUGUACCGGCUGAUCAUUCCCCCACCUGCUGGGAAAGACACCAAAGACAGCAAAGACGGCUUUGUCAUCGAACCGUACAGCGGCGUGGUGAAGACGGCAAUCAUGUACCGGAACAUGAGGAGGUCAUAUUUUAAGUUUGAGGUGGUUGCUACAGACAACUAUGGUCACGGACACAGCAGCAAGGCAGAGAUAGUGGUGUCUGUCGUGAACCAACUCGACAUGCAAGUGGUCGUAUCAAAUGUCCCCCCAACUUAUGUGGAGAAAAACAAAGACAAGCUGCUCAGUAUUUUGGAACGCUACGUCCAGGAGCAGAUACCGGGUGCAAAGGUUGUCGUUGAAACCAUUGGUCCCCAUCGCUAUGGUGAUGGAAUGGAGCAGGAAGACUACACCAAGUCGGACCUCAUGAUUUAUGCUAUCGACCCGCUGACAAACAGAGCUGUAUCUAGUCAGGAGCUCUACAAGUUUCUCGAUGGUAAACUCUUGGACAUCAAUAAAGAGUUCAAUCCCUUUCUCCCUCCUGGUGGACGGAUUUUGGAGAUCCGAACCCCCGAAGUGGUGACCAGUGUAAAGAAAGCUGUGCAGACUGUGGGUUACACAGAAGGGGCGCUUUUGGCUCUGGCAGUUAUUAUCAUUAUCUGCUGUGUCCCCGCCAUAUUGAUUGUCAUUAUCACCUACAGACAAUUCAAAGAACGCCAGGCAGAGUGUGCCAAAACAGCCCGUAUCCAGAUGGCACUGCCAACAGGCAAACCUGGGGGAGGCACUGCCAACAACCUGUAUGAAGAGCUGGGUGACAACGCCAUCCGGUCAGACCACAGCGGUGGUGGAAGUGGUGGCAGUUUGGAUGAAAGCGACCGGCAACGCCUGAUCUCAGAUUUUGCCACACGAGCGAUUGCUGCCCAUCGUCAGUGCGUUGCUAAUGGAGGGGUGCUCAACAACCUGCCCAAGUCUGAGUCCAACAUCACCUUUCUCUCAGAUGAAAACCCCCUGACUAUCAAAAAUCCCAUCUACCAUGAGGAUGGGACUUUGAGUAGCCCAGAGACUCUUGGAAGAAGCCAGAGGAGAAGAGACCUUCUUGGGAAUUUCUCCCCUUCCCGGGAAGGCCUUCGAGAGGCCUGGCUGAGGCUCAGCACCACUGGGGGAGAUACGGGAUUUGGUGGGUACAGUGGCAGUGACAGUGGAUGGGGAUCUGGGGUUGGACACAGCUGGACUCUCCCAUCAAGAUUACAUCGAAGAGAGAUGUAUGACACUUUAAGACGACAAGUCGUAAUGGAUCCAGUGCAGUGGGAGCUGGAGCUUCUAAAGGCCGAAUUCAAGGAGAGUAAAGAUGCGGGUCUGGAUUCAGGAUUUGAUCGUGGGUUGGAUUCAGACUUAAUGGGAAGCCCCAAUCAGGAACCCAAGCUGACAGUCAAAGAACAAGCCAGACAGUUUGAGCAACAGGCACUCCAGGAAAUGAGGCAAAGGCAAAACAGAGACUCACGAGGGUCUUUGUCGCCUGACAUCCUACUUUCUGUUUUCCCGGAGUCUCCUCUCCGUCAUAAGGACACUCCCACCCACAGUAUGCCAACUGCUCAGGUUAAAGAGGGACCCCCAAGUAUCGUUGUCACGCUAAGUGAUGGAGGGACCCCGCCCCCAAGCCACAAGCCAACUCCUCCAGUGCUGCGGCGCUUUGGGGCAAAUUUAACAGGUGGGGACGAAAGACUUCAGGUCCAUUUAGAGGUUAUACCUGAUCCUCCAUCAACUCCUCCACCGCCACCACCACCUCCAACCCCACCACCUCCCCCUCCCACUUCUGCUCCUCCCCCUCCUUCAUCUCCUCCUCCCCCUCCUUCAUCUCCUCCUCCACACCACCCUUCCUCCCCUCCUCCUCUUCCCCCUGCUUCAUCUCACUCCAGUCAGACUGAAAAGCAUCCUCCUCCUCCUCCUCUUCCUCUAACACCUCCUCUACCUCCCCCACCUCCACCUCUCCCUCCCCCUUUGUCACCCUCUCUCCUGCGUCCAUCCACCUUUGUCCUCCCAUCACUCGCAGAUGUACCAGCCCUGCGGCCCGUGUCCCUACGGCCUCCGCCGCCACCCCUUCCCAUAGAGCCCGAACCUCCCCGUAAAGAGCUGAAAGGAAUCUUAAAGAACAUCCAAAACAUUGCGGACAUUGAGAAGUCGGUGGCCAACAUGUUAAGUCAGAUAGAUACGAAGCAGAUCCCGCUAAAAAAGGUCCUGAAGAGCCGCGCCUCCAUGGAUUCUCUUGAUUCCCUCGACUCUUUGGAUGCAUUAGCAUUAGGAGGAGGGGGUGGAGGAGAGGGAGGUAAUGAAGGAGCAGAAGGAGUGGAAGGAGGAGGAGAGGAACCUCCACAUCCACCGCCACAAAUUCAGCCCAACCCAAACAUGAACUCCAUUGUGGAAGAGCUUGAGAAACGAUUCCCCUCUCAGUCUACAAUGCUAUAGCUUUUGCCUUUAUGAUAUGGAAAACACACAGAGGGGGAUUUCUUAACAUUGUUGCGUAGUUGCCAAGGAGCUGUCAAGGGACUGAUGCUCAAAAUAGCUCAGUGGGAUGCUGUGAUGAUUUGGUGAUUUUUACCUUGCUGCAGCUAUGCUCUUCCAACAUGACUUCCUGUUUUCUACAUAAAAAGAAAAGAAAGAACUAGGACUAAUAUAAACUCGAUGGGCAGAAGAUGAAGAAGAAAAAUGUUUGUUUUCUCAAAUGAUGGUACUUGUUGAACAGAAAAAAAGAAGGGAGGAAGUUGAAACUGCAGAAAAGGUCACGUCUUGCAUAGCCCUAAUAAAUUCAGUCAUGUAAAAACUGGAAAGAAGCCCAAAAGGGCUUCUACUCUCUUUCUGUUGCUGUAUUCCGCACUAUUUCUCUUUGACUGUUACAAGAAGAGAGAAGGAUUAAAGGAGUGGUGACGGACGAGGAGGAAAUGAUAAUCAGGUGAAGAGGUUAAGUCCAUUUUUCAAUUUGUGUCCCCAUUUCAGUGAACCUAGGAUGAAUUGAAAAGGCAGCUUCACACCCCAACACCGCAGCAGUUAUUUGGAGGGCCAACACGUUAUCUGCCACUUGCCAUUACUUUAGUUUCCCCACAAACGGUAUUUACACGACUUAUGUUUUAAAUAACACUGAGGAAAAUGGGCUUAAAACUGCAGAUGGGAGCAGUGAAAUUAAAUAAUUACAAAAUGUCUCCUGUUAACUUUCAGCUUGACUACUGUCAUUAACGUUGUAUAUCCAUGGCAAGUUGUUGACAUUUUUAUCAACAACGAAUUAUAAUCAGUCGAAGACACAUGAUUGUUGAUGGGGUCACUUGCUGUUGUGAGAAGCUAAUUACCCUCUUGUGGUGGCUUUAACACACAACCUCUGCAGGUCUAAACUAGUUUGUAGAUUGUAAAUUUAGUGGGUGUGAAAAGGAAAAUCUAAAGAGAGAACAAUAUUAAACCUGCCAACCUGGGUUGGGAUAUAUUGGCGAAAAAUAAAAAAAUGUGUUUUAAUGAUGCAUUCAGUGCAGUAUCAACAUGACUGUGACUUUAAGUGAAAGAACAACAUUCCCUCAAGAUGUUAAUAGAAGGUGUUAUCCUGCCAGGACGUUACGUUUUAAUAGUUGUAUAUAAAUGUAAUUUCUAGAAGACAGGGUCGAUCUUUUUAUAUCAAUACUUAUUGAUCACCAACAUGUGUUGAAAACUAGCUAACUCCGGAUCUAACACUUGCUUCAAAUUGCAAACACAGACAUGGUGAAAGUAACAUUUUCUUUCAAAGUGGCGGUUAUCUUUUGUCAUUUUGUGUCUGCUCCAUUUUUGUCAUAUACUCAUUUAGUUGGUAUUUCAUAUUUUUCAUAUUUUUAUAAAGAGACUUUUGUCUCAAGUUCCCUAUUUUGAUUCUUAGCUGUAAAACAUUUGCGCACAGUCUUUUCUGUUUUGUUGUUCUCAGUCUGUCUUCUAUAAAAUCCAAUUUUCAUUAUAUCUUUACGUAAUUGUAUCUUUUUCCCACAUUGUCUGUGUAUCCACAACUGUCCUGCAUUGUCUUUUAAUGUUCUACAAGGUCAUGUGAAUGAACAUGAAAAAUGUUAAUGAGUAGGUAGAUGCAUAGCUACAGUAAAAAACAAAACAAAAAAACAAGUCUAAAACAUUUAUGUAGAGUAAUAUUUUUAUUCACAAUACAUGCUAAAUUGUUAUGAUGAUUUUUUUAGAGGGUUCUGUUUCUUUUACCCAAGGUUUCCUUCGUUAAAAUCCAUGUGCGG